UCGGCUGCCAUUUUUCUUUGCUUUCCCUUUCGGUUGUGCCAUUGCGCAGUUUUUGUAAAAGGACAGAACUUAUAUGGUAUUCAUCCGGUUAAGUUUUCUUUGUUAAGCGGAUCCUCGCUGGUUUCAUUUUACGUUGGGAAGUAUUUGGUAAAUCCCCUCCCUCGGGUUUUUAAGUGGUGCGUCACUUCUAUAGUUUCCCUUCUUCUGCUUUGCUACGUGUUUGUUGCAGGACUCUUUUCGGCUUUGACUACAAUUCUUUAUUCUGGACUCAUCACCUCUUAAAGUUUUACCAAAUUCCACAUGGCUGUUCCGGAACAAUUUCAGCUACAUGCUAUAAAUGAAAUCGCGGAAGCUCUCAGCAGCAAUGAACGCAGUAGGCUCUUCUAUCUAUGUGAAAGCUUGGACACGGACCACAGUGUGGCUUGUAUGAAGGAGAUGCUCAGAUCAAAAGUGACGCACCAUCAAAACGCUCACCUGUUUCUGGCACAGCUCAUGUUUUGUUUGGGGCGUUUGGAUAUCCUAAGGAAGGUGUGUAAAGUCAGCAGGGAUGACUUGGAGAGGACCAGACAAAUGGUCCCAAGUUUCAGAGUAUUGAUGGCAGAAUUAAGUGAGGAGCUGGACACCGGAGAUUUGGACAGUAUUAAAUUCCUGUUAACUUGCAAAUUAUCUCGUGAAAAGCUUGAGAAGACAAAGAGUUUCCUGGAUAUUAUUGUUGAACUUGAAAAGCUGGAUUCAGUCUCACCAGAAAGACUUGACGUCGUAGAGGAGUGCUUGAGAAACAUUGGCAGGAUUGAUCUAGUCAAAAAACUGACCACUUACAAGAAUUCAGCUAGGGCACCUGAACAGCAGCGAAAUUUGUCUCUGCAGCAACCCCGUAGAAUUUCUCAUGUUACACAAGAACGCUGCAUGGUAGAAGUGAGCCCACGACUAGGUGCCUGCGUACAGCCGCGCUCUGAGAGUGGGCCAGAUUGCUAUAAAUUUAACACUAAUCCCAGAGGACACUGUGUGAUCAUAGACUGCGUGGGUAAUGAUGGAGAAAAAUUGGAACAAACAUUUAAGGCUCUUCACUUCAGCGUGGAUGUCCACCAGUAUCUGAGUUCUGAUGAGGUGUUUUCAGCUCUCAAUAUGAUUCUCAAUAAGAUGGAGAAACUCAGAAAUGAUAGCUUUGUGUGCUGCAUCAUUAGCCGUGGCACAGAAAGUCAACUUUUGGGCACAGAUUCGACUGGAUAUGGAUUUUCUAUCAACGAAGUCAGGCGUCUUUUCAAUGCUAAUAGAUGCCCGUCGUUGGCGGGCAAGCCCAAACUUUUCUUCAUCCAGAGAUACAACGUACCUAAGUUGUCCCCGCGCCCCAGGAUGAACCUAGAUGAUGAGCACCUCGAGACAGAUGGCUGUGAUGGGGCUGUCACAGCAGCUAUUCCUAUGGAUGCAGAUGUGUUCUGGAGUCACUGCUGGACAGAUGAGCGUCAGCUGGAAGAAGAGGAACAUAGCUCUGUGUAUGUGAACGCUCUGACAAAUGCUUUGCGCAAAGCCCAAAACAGGAAAAUUAAGAUUGAUGAUAUUCAAAUGGAGGUGAACAAUGUCGUCUUUGAACACAGCAGAAGUAAUCCACAAGCCAACUACCACCUUGAUGUAAAACACACCCUGAGGAGAGAUCUGUACUUACAAUAAAGAAUUUAUUUACUAUUUGUUUGCUAAACACCGUGAAGUAUCUGGUACCAGCAGAUAGACCUUAGAGUCACUGUGGCUCCUCAGCUGAAUUCUCCUGAUACCCUUCUGUAACUAGAUGUUAAAUUCAGUUAGUGUGGGGAUGGAAAAGUUAAACAUCCACACUGAUAAUUAGUUACGGCAGCUCGAACUCAAGUUAAUUAUUUGCUUAUCAGUAACUUAGUGCCUCCUCAGUGCUUUUGCAGCACUGAGGAGGCCACCGACUUUGGAGCGGAGGCGACUGUCCAGGUCCUGUUUCCUUGUGAUAAAAAAAGAGGACAUUCAUCAGCUUGCGCAGCUAAACUAUACUUGUGGACUUCUUAAUCUUUGAGCGCAGGUGUCUCCAUCCCAAUGCCACGGGUCUCUGAAAUCAUGCACGUAGCCGUGAAGUCUGCCUUUACAAACAUUUGUGAAAAAAUGGGCCGUUCUAAAGAGCUCACCAAGUGCAGUGCUGCAAUACGAUACCACUGCCAGUGAAAGUUCUUGGCUCCUAGAUAUUCAGCAAUCAACUGUAAGUGGUAUGAUUGGAAAUGAAAGUUUUUAGGGACCACAGCAGCUAAGCCAUGCAGCGGCAGAUCGGCUAAAGUCGUAGAGUGCAGUCGGCCUGAGGUAUAUAGUGCGUUAGAGUCACCACCACACUGCUAACUCGUUAACUGCAGAGCUCAUCGGGGAUUAACGUCACAAACAUAGCAAACAUAUUUUGCCUUGAGUACACGGUCAAUUGCACAUAAAUGACAGCAUGAAGGCUUCUCUGUCUUUUCAUUUCUGUUUUCGCUUUAUUUUAUUUCAUUUUUUUAUGUAGCACAUGAGUCAAAUGGCCCUCAAUCAAGUUUGUUGCCCGUCCAGUUGUAUACUACUGCUGACAGUGUCGGACAAACAAGUAUUGAUGCAGCUCAGAACUUGCUCAAGAAGAACGUUUUUAUUGCGUAUAUAGUGACACCUAAUGGUCAUAUGUAGUCACAACAUGUUAUAGUUGGAGGUAAAAACUGAAAACGUUAAAUGUGUAUUUAUUGUUAUUAUUAACUUUAAUUUUCACCCAGGGUGUUGGUGGAUGUUUAAUAAUAUAUGUUGUAUUUCAACAGAUUGAUCAUUUUAGCAGAUAAAUCAACUGCGACAGUUCCCAACCUUAACUCCACAGGCAGCAACGUUUUAAAACUUAAAGGUUUACCAAACAGGACACCCAGUCAUCCGGACUGUGAAGGUUACAGUGCAUUGGGGGAAAGGAAAAAAAAAGUAUGCUUAAAACUUAAAGAUGACUUGCAAUAUUUAUUUACACUCCACGCUGUACAUUUGUGCAUUUGUAACAUUUUUUUUCUUGUUGAAAACAAUCUAAGCUAAUUUGUACUUUAAAUUAUUAUUUUUAAAAUGUAUGCAGAAACCUUGAAAACUUCUCUUAAUGAAGGAAACACUAUCAUGCUUUUUUUUCAAUGUACUUAAAUAUAUAUUUAUGUAUAUGUAAAAAGAAAUUCCCCCUGAUUGAUGUUGUAAUAUUUGUAAUUUAACCCACUACUGUAGUUUGUUUUUGUCACCGUGUAAGUACAUUACAUUUUUUUGUUUGUUUUAAAAUAUGUAUCUAUGUUAGUGUGCUACAGUGCAAUUGGGAGGAUGCUAACAUAGUUGAUACAAAAUUUAA